GUGCCUCAUGAUCGCUUCCGGAUUGCUCGAAGCCGGUGUCGGAAUCUGGUGCUUCGUGGACAGCGACUUGGCUUCGAAACUCGACGAUGUCCCUCUUCUUUACAAUUCUUCAGCGCCUCCUUCGUCCUCCACCAGCAGGAAGAGCCUCGAAGUCGCCUAUUUGCCCAUGGAAGAGGGCGAGUACGGCGUGAGUCAGUCUGUGCUCCACCUGAAGUCUUGGUAUGGUCAGCCCGCCCAUGCUGAGUACACGCGGGUAGUGGAUCACGUGCAGGAGAGACUCUCGUGUUGCGGACUCACGGGCCCGAAGGACUACCUCUCGAGCGAGUGGGAGGAGCAAGCUAACGCCUCCUUUGCCGUCGUCCCUCGCUCCUGCUGCAUCACCAUCCUGCCGGAGGACGCAGCAGCCGUGCCCGUCGGGCGCAGGAGCGACCAAGGCAGCGCCGUCGUGGCCUCCUCGAGGGGCUCGUGGAGGGAGUACGGCGGCGAGGGAGGCUGUGACGUCAGGAGGCUGUCCCCGAGGCACUCGCAGGGAUGUUUACAGUUAUUACCGUCUUGGGUAAAGCAGAACUUCGCUGCCACUGGAGGCGCUCUCCUGGUCGUCGCUCUCUUCCAGAUUUCGGGCGCGGUGGUCACGAUCGUCCUCAGAAAGCAGUUCAAAUCUUUCGGCUGCAGGGACGUGCCGCCCAUCGAGACCCUCCUGUUCUAAGUUACACGCCCACCGCCCGCGUUGUCAGCUAACCACGCCCACCGCCCGUGAUGUCGGCUAACCACGACCACCGCCCGCGUUGUCGGCUAACCACACCCACCGCCCGCGUUGUCGGCUAACCACGCCCACCGCCCGUGAUGUCGGCUAACACGCCCACCGCUCGCGUUGUCGGCUAACCACGCCCACUCCCGCGUUGUCGGCUAACCACGCCCACCGCCCGCGUUGUCGGCUAACCACGCCCACCGCCCGCGUUGUCGGCUAACCACGCCCACGCCCUAUGCUUGGGUGGUGCCCUUACGGCUGGGUUAAAGUGUUUUAUCUCCUCUGGGUCUGCUGUUGACAGGCUUGAAGAUCUGCCUACCACAAUGUGUAAUGGGAAAUGUCAAUAACCUGUAAAUAUAUGGAACUGGACGUAAAUACAGAGAGGCGGAUGCCCCAGCCGCCUGCCAUGACAUAUCAUACUUAACUGAGGGGUAACUAUAGGGUGUGUUUGAUGAUCUGUAAAUAUAUAGAACUCCCCAUUUUUUUUUUUUCUUUUCUUUUUCUUCUUCUUCCUCUUUUUCUUAUUUCUUCU